AUUUUUUUCAUUUCAGCUCGACACUGUACACAAAAAAUCAACAAACAAGCAGCUCGCAACUUGCCGCUUGCCGCUUGCCACACACAAGGCCGUCAGAAUUGCUUUCUUGUAUUUUGGACACACGUGCGCCGCAUCGGCUGCACCAGCGGCCUUAGCAACAACAACUGGAGCCGCCAGCGCCGCCACCGCCGUCGCCACAACAAUGAAGCUAUCAAAGCUGUCCAACCAGACGAACUCGCAGGAUCCGCAGGCGGUUAACUCGCGCAUCUUUGUGGGCAAUCUGAAUACAUUUCAAUGCUCCAAAACGGAUGUGGAGCGCAUGUUUCAGAUCUACGGCCGUCUGGCAGGCAUUUCCAUGCAUAAGGGCUACGCCUUUGUGCAGUUCACGAAUCCUUUUGAUGCGCGCAAUGCCUGUCACGGCGAGGAUGGCAAGACUGUCCUCAGUCAGACACUAGAUGUCAACAUGGUGGCUGAGCCGAAGGCGCAUCAAAUUGGCCGCAAACGUCAGAAUGUGAGCAAAACGGGCAACGAUUGGGACUAUUUCUACGACAGCUACUGCAGCUCAGCGUUGCGUGGCAUUGGCGUCGGCGUUGGCGUUGGCGUCGGCGUCAAUGGCGUGCGCGCUAAGAAGCGCAAGCGUUUAAUGACCAACAACAAUAGUUUGGCUGCCCAGCAGCAGCAGCAGCAACAUCACAGCGUUGCUGCUGUCGCUGCGCAUCAACAACAGCAGCAGCAACAGCAGCAGCAGCAUCAUCAUCAGCAGCAAGUGGCUGCUGUUGCUAUGGCAGCAAUGGCCAAUUUGUUGCCACAGCAGCAGCUGCUGCUGCAUCAGCAGAACUUGCUAUCAAAUGCGGCAGCAAGUGUGGCCAAUACAGCAGCCACAAAUGGCGGCGCCGCUGCCACGUCCGCUGCGCUACAUUGGUCACCAUACAAACAAGAGCAGCAGCAACAGCAGCAGCAACAACAACAGCAGCAACAUUUUGUGGCUGCUGCCACAGGUUUCCAGUUGAAAAGCGUCAUUGCUGGACAGUCAACGACAUCGCCGCAGCAUGCAAAGUCAGCAAUAAUUGCAAAUCAAACAGCGCUGGAGCCGUACGGUGCCUUUGCCCAGCAGCAACAGCAACAGCAGCAGCAGCAACAGCAACAACAAUUGGGCUGUCUGCUGCAACCGUUGAGUUUGGCAUUGUCCCCACAGCAACCACAGGCGCUACAAUUGCACAAUCAUGGCCAAUUGAUGCAGCAACAACAACAUCAGCAGCAAAUACACUUGCAACAACAGUUGCAACAACAACAGCAGCAGCAACAACAACAACAACAACAGCAGCAGCAGCAGCAAGCACAGGAGCAAUUAAGCUUGCAACAACACUGGGGACCAUUCAAAGUCUACAGCAAUCCGGACACAUUAAUCUGUGGCAAUUGUCGAGAAUGCUUUGGUGAGCUGUCUGAGUUAUUGGAGCACAAGAAGAGCUACUGCAAGCUGAGAUUCACAUGCAAGUGUCAGGAUGUGGCAUUUGCGGCAAAGACGCCACCAACGAGCGCCAAAUUGCUUUGCGCCGUUUGCAAGGACGCUUUUGCCAAUCCCUGGGAUUUGAUGGUGCACGCACAGGCCGCACACAUGGUUAACAUUUACGAGCUGGGCGAUGAGGCUGCUGCUGCUGUUGCUGCCGUCACCAACAACACGUCGCCAACAAGCAACAGCAACUGCAACGAUGCAGCUGCAAUUGCAGCCAAUGGACAUGUUGCUGCCGCUGCUGCAACUGUUGUUGUUGCUGCUGCUGCUGUUGCUGACGAGCCAAACAACAAUAACAAAAUUAGCAACAACAACAAUGCCAUUGACAGUGACAAUGCCAAAGCACAAUUGUCGCCUUCAGCUGUUGGCGUUGUUGCUGCUACAAAUGGCAGCGAUGCUGCUGCUGCUGCUGUUGUUGCAAGCAAUGGUCAUGCCUGCAGCGAUAUGGAUACAGACAUGGAUAUCAAGUUUGGCAUCUGCACUUUGCCCAGUCCCAAGGAGGUGCGUUUAACUUUGCUAGGCUUAAAUAAAUUGCCUAAUGCUUUGACUUUGCAGGAUCAGCAGCGUGAUGAUGGCUCGUUGGAUGGACGCUUGUCCAGCAGCUCACAGACACAUCAUUCGGAUGAUAUUAAUAUGAAUAUAAAGCUAAUGAAUGGUUCGGUAUCAUCGCGUGGUAGUUCACCUGGCUUGGAUGCGGAUGAGCCGCCAGCUACACGCGCCUGCAUUGUUCGCACUUUAAGCAUUGAAGCCGCUGCUACGCCAGCCACGCCCACUGCUGCCGCCUUGAGCCUGAUGUCCAAUGGUCUUAGCUUAGCUCUGGCGCCGCAAUAAAGUUCAGAGCAGUUUCAGCAAUUAGCAAAAUCAAAAAGAAAAGUUGUUCAAGUACUUAUAUCAAGAAUUUAGCUAUAUAUGCAACUAACUAUAGUGCAGGCAUAGUAUAUGUAUUUGUUUUAGAUUUGUGUGUGUGUGUGUGAAUGUGUGCAACAGUAUUUAUAAAAUACUCGUAUUGCUUUAUUGGGGGCUUUAUGUAAUCGUCGAAUGCGAUGCAAGUGCAAUUUAUUCAGUAUUUUUGUACUAGACUUAAACUGCAAAAAUAUAUA